AAAGUCCUUCAGCUAGGACUCUCGGACGCGACAAACAUUUAUCAAGAACGAAAAGCGAAUCCCAGUGAUUUUAUAAAUGAAACGGUCGAAUUCAAGUUCACCAUUAUUUUUUUUUCACACAAUUAUUAUCGUCGUCAGUUGCACCUACUUGCUCGACCGAUGCGAAAUAUUAGCACAUGAAGUUUGAAGUGCCGAGGAAAAUGUUCUUUCCGGAAAUCAGAUCGUUGUACCUAGCAGUUUUCUCAGCCAAUCUUCUCUGUUUCAUUUCUGGAACAGCUUUGACUUGGUCGUCCUCAGAGAUACCAAAACUCAACAAUGCAACAGAAACCCCAUGGAAAAGGAUGCUUUCUGCUGAAGAAUCUUCCUGGAUAUCGUCCUUGGUCAUCCUGGGAGCCUCAGUUUGCCCUUUCCUGUUUGGAUACCUAUCCGAUACCAUAGGCAGAAAACCUACGUUGUUAUACCUGGGUGCGCCAUUUUUUCUCGGUUAUGUUUUGCUAGGAUUCGGUCAAACUGUGGAAUUAUUUUACGUGGGAAGGUUUUUGACAGGUAUAGGUGUAGGAGGCGUUUUCACACUUUUACCAAUGUACUUAGCAGAAAUUUCUGAGAAAGACAAUAGGGGAGCAAUCAGUUCUUCCAUGGGGUGUUUCUGCUGCCUGGGGCUAUUAUUCAGCGUUUCUUUGGGACCAUUCAUAUCCGUUCAGCUCUUCAAUUUAGUUUUAGCGAUGCCACCCUUGAUAUUCCUAUUGUCUUUCUUCUUUUUGGCACCAGAGAGUCCUUUGUUUCUGGUCCGAGAAGAACAUGGCGAUUUAGCAGCAGUUGCUUUGAGGAAAUUGGGAAGAAAAGAAGAUCUGAUUACGAAGGAAAUACUGGAGUUAGAAGCGAGUGUUAAACCUGAAGAAGAUUCUUCAAGCUUGAUGGAUCUAUUCAGAUCAACAGCAUUCAUCAGAGCAUUGGUGAUGUCGAUGGGUCUCUUCUUUUUUCAACAGGUUUCUGGAAUAAAUGCUGUUAUGUUUUACAGCCAAAUAAUAUUCGAAGAGUCUGGAACGACCUUGAAUCCCGAAUAUUGCACAAUCAUCGUAAUCUUUACCCAGUUUUUGAGCAGCUUCCUAACGCCUUGCAUAGUUGACAGGUAUGGUAGGAAGUUAAUCCUCCUACUUUCAGCUAUGGGUAUGGUAGUUUCUGAAGUACCCUUGGGCACUUACUGCUACUUAAAACGACAAGGAGCAAGCACAGAAUUGUUCGCCUUCGUUCCAGUGAUGAGCCUGGCGAUUUUCAUUGUUUUUUUCAAUAUGGGUUUCGGACCAUUGCCCUGGACCAUGCUGUCGGAAUUGUUACCAGCAAAAAUGAAAUCUGUUGCAACGGCGUUCGUUUCCACGUUCGUCUGGAUUUUGUCUUUUGUUGUUACCAAGUAUUUUGAGCAGGUUGUGAGUGUGUUGGGAUUGGGGGAGACGUUUUUUGUUUUUUCUGGUUUUUGCCUACUGGCGGGGCUGUUCAGCAUUUUUUAUUUGAUCGAGACUAAGGGAAAGAGUUUACAGGAAAUACAGGAGGAACUAAGUAAAUCGUAGUUAGGUAUCAGUUAGUCAUAAGUACUUAUUUAUUUUUAUUUAUUUGUGUUAACAUAUAAGUACAUACAAAAAAAAUGCAAUACCUAUUAUAUGUAUCCACUGAGGGACACGUUAUGAAGUAUCACACCCUGUAAGUUUUUUAUUUUUGACCUAAAAAAACAAACCCACAGGGGAUUUUUUUUCUUCUCGAUACACAAGAUACGUGUUCACCAAGUAUCUGAAAAAAUAUACAGGAAGCAGCAAAAAGUGUAUGAAUUU